GGGGUGCCAGUCGUGACCCUCGUACGGUUGACGUGGUCCGUAAACGUCGUACCGAUGAAAACGCGGAAGCUUGCGGCGAAUUAGCGCGUGCAUAUUUCACCGCGUUAGUUCUUCGCUUCGGGGGUUGCUCGGCGGGUUUCAGGUUUCGGCUUUGGGUUUCGAGGCGCCCGCGCCCUGGCGCGUCCCACAACCUCCCGAUGAUGUUCUCCAGUCAGUCGACCCCGUGCAUCGCGGCACGUUGGCCGCCGCGAGAAAUAUCAUCCGUUGACGAAGUGGCGUGUUGCGAAUACGCGUUCUACGAUAUAAGCGAAUUUUCAUUCGUCGCUAAUACAGGAGGGUGAAAAAAUUAUACCACAAAUAAAUAUUCACGGCGUGAAGCAGAAGUAUUCGAAAAAUGUUGAAAAAACAAAAAAUCCUACCCGAUAUCGCGAUUGAAUCACAUGUGAAAAAAGUUAUGUGAACGACCAAGGGAUAUUUUAACGAAGUGCUAUCUCGUGUUGGAAAUAACAGUACGUACGGUUGAUCGUCGAAAUAUCGUGCGUUUCCAAAUUAUUCGACAGUCGAACCGAGAGGAUCGAAUAAUAGAAGAGAAAAAAAAAAAAAAAUCUACCAAACAGAUAAAGAGGAAAAAAAAAAAAAAGUGGUGUUAGAAAAAUGACGUCUGCCAGGUUUCAGGUGACGGUGACGUUGUUGCGUCUGCUGUUUUACUUCGGCGGCGAUUCGAUCGUAUCGGGUAAUUCGCGCGACGUUCACAACGACCCGUUGGUCGUCGAGACAACGAGCGGUUUGGUCCGAGGUUUGUCAAGAUCGGUGUUGGGCCGCGAGGUCCACGUAUUCUACGGCAUACCGUUCGCGAAGCCGCCGGUCGGUCCCCUCCGAUUUCGUAAGCCCCUGCCCAUAGACCCUUGGCACGGCGUGCUCGAGGCUACGUCCUUACCGAACAGUUGUUACCAGGAGCGUUACGAGUACUUCCCGGGUUUCGAGGGCGAGGAAAUGUGGAAUCCGAACACCAACAUAUCGGAGGACUGUCUCUACCUGAACGUCUGGGUGCCGCAGAAGCUACGUCUGAGACACAAGGGUACCGAACCGCCCGGUACGGAGAAGGCGAAGGUCCCGAUCCUCGUGUGGAUAUACGGCGGCGGUUACAUGAGCGGCACCGCCACCCUGGACAUAUACGACGCCGACAUAAUGGCUGCCACCAGCGACGUGAUAGUAGCGUCGAUGCAAUACCGCGUCGGUGCAUUCGGAUUUCUUUAUCUGAACAAACAUUUCACCAACAGCGAGGAGGCACCGGGCAACAUGGGACUGUGGGACCAAGCGCUGGCCAUCAGAUGGUUGCGAGACAACGCCGCCGCGUUCGGCGGCGAUCCGGACAUGAUAACUUUGUUCGGCGAAUCGGCCGGCGGUGGUUCGGUGUCGUUGCAUCUUAUAUCGCCGGUGACACGGGGUCUCGUGAGAAGAGGCAUACUGCAAAGCGGCACAUUGAACGCGCCCUGGAGUUACAUGACGGGGGAGAAGGCCACCGAAGUCGCCAAGGUCCUCGUCGACGAUUGCCAGUGCAAUUCGACAAUGCUGACGGACAAUCCGUCGCGUGUCAUGGCCUGCAUGAGAUCCGUCGACGCGAAAACGAUAUCCGUACAGCAAUGGAACAGUUAUUGGGGCAUACUCGGUUUCCCAUCGGCGCCGACGAUCGACGGUAAAUUUUUACCCAAGCAUCCGCUCGACCUGUUGAAAGAAGGAGACUUCGAGGACACCGAGAUAUUGAUCGGUAACAACAAAAACGAAGGGACGUAUUUCAUACUUUACGACUUCAUCGAUUACUUCGAGAAGGAUGGACCCAGUUUCCUUCAGCGCGACAAGUUUCUGGAUAUCAUAAACACCAUCUUCAAAAAUAUGUCGACCCUCGAACGAGACGCUAUCACUUUUCAAUACACGGACUGGGAGCACGUGAGCGAUGGUUACCUGAACCAAAAAAUGAUCGGGGACGUGGUCGGUGAUUAUUUCUUCAUUUGUCCGAGCACACAUUUCGCCCAACUCUUUGCCGAACGUGGAAUGAAAGUUUACUACUACUUCUUCACUCAGAGAACGAGUACGAACCUCUGGGGCGAAUGGAUGGGCGUCAUGCACGGCGACGAGAUCGAAUACGUAUUCGGUCAUCCGCUCAAUCAGUCGUUGCAGUACAACAAAAAGGAACGCGAACUUUCGCUGAGGAUGAUGCAGGCCUAUUCAAGAUUCGCUCUGCUGGGAAAACCGAUGGCGGAGGGUGUCGAGUGGCCGACAUAUUCGAGGGAUCAACCGCAAUAUUUUAUUUUCGACGCGGAAAAAAGUGGCCUAGGCAAAGGGCCCAGAGCCACGGCUUGUGCAUUCUGGAAUGAAUUUCUUCCCCGGCUCAAAGGUGUUCCAGAUCCACCCGAAUCUUGCGACGGAGCGGUCGCGUCCAGUGUUUCGGCCGGGGCGAUCAGUAUCUACGAUUUAUUCAUCUCCUCGUCAAUACUGACAGCUUUUAUUUUGUCGACAAAUUUUUUUAUAAUCUAAUGAGAAAUUUCAUUAUUCAUUGAUCGAAGAAUACAGAGACAAGAAAAAAAUUCAACGCUGUUAGAACGUAUCGUGACAAAUCGACGUUUUCAAAAAAGGUAAAAAAAAAAAAAACAGAAAACAGAAAAAAAAACAAAACAGAAAAGCAAAAACAGCGAAAUGAUUCAUCGUCCUUAAUAUAAGUUACAAAGAUCAAUCGCCUCCUGAACACCUGCUGCGGAGGAUUGAAUUUAUUAUAUUCUUUCACGGAGUGAGGGUGAAAGAAAGAAGAGAAAAAAAACUUAGGAAAAAAGAAAGAGAAAGUUAACACGAGGAACCAGUCCGGAUAAACGAUAUCGAUGACGUAUUAUACAUUUAUGGGCAAAUUAUAAUAAAAACGAACUCCUCAUUUCAUCAUGAAUUACAACAAUUAACGAGCUCUUCGCAGAUACGAUAGAUGAAUAAACAUAUAUUAACUGAAUAUUCACUCAUUAUGUAUCUGUACGAGUUAAUUGUUCACGGAUUCAUUAUUAUUAUUAUUGUUGUUGUUGUUAUUAUUGUUUGGUUAAGUUUAUACCGACCGAAAAGUACGUGUCAUGUUCAACAGGUAUACGAUGACGAUGAAAAUGAUUUCAAAUUAUUUACAGAGUGUCUUGUUAUGGCCGGAAAUUAUUUCAAUGAAAUAUAUGUAAGGAGGUCAGUCACCGUUAAACAUUUUAUCACCCAUAAUACAACGGUUUUUAUGGUUCACAUUAGGUAUGAGAAAAUCUGUUAAGUAAUUUCCGAAUGUUCCAUAAAACAACUCAGCACGUAUGGUUCAACUUUUAGUAGGUAUAAGCAUACUUGUAUACCCAUCUUAUUAACAUAUAUACUAUAUUAUGCAUGUUAUGUUGUCCUUAUAUAGUAUAUAAAUAAGUUACUUAUUGCUGCGUCAUGUAAAUAAAUGUUACUCCUUUCUUUCUUACUUUCUUAUCAGUUUCAUUGUUAAAUGUCACAUCGUUAUUCGAAUUGCAGGAAGAUUUUUACGCGUUACCGUCACACGAGCUUUUAAGUUCGUUGUGCUCUGAUUUCUCUUUUUCUUUUUUGAAUCGUUUCGUUGACCAAGAUUUCCCUGAUUUUCAAAAGGCCUAGAAUGUAUGACGAGGGAAGAAUGAUGUGCGCAAAAUUGGAAAAAAAGAAGAAGAGAAGAAGAGGGGCGAACGAAGCCGGAUGGUUUCCCCGUACAAAUACACAGGAGGACGCGUAGAUUUGGACGAUCAAAAAAAAAAACAAAAAAAGAGUACAUCGUCUUUGAUACAAUAUAACCUUCCAAAAUAAAUUUGUAGCUUAUAACGUAAUUCUCGAGAUAAUUAUUCAUUGAUAUACAUGAUAUAAAUUUGAGCAACGUACCGUUUGAGGAACCUCCGCUCUUGGUACGGUCCCGGGGCCCUGGGUGUGAUUUUAUCAAAUUUUACAUCCUCGUGGUACAGAUUGAUAAACGGAAUGAGUUGAGCCAGUAUUGUGACGAGGCGUCCUAACAGCGGGUGUCCUCAGAACGUACAUCAAUGACGGUUGUAUACAUACAUUAGGGUGGGUCGUUUGUAAGAGAAGCAAAAACUUCUACGCCAACUUCGGCUCUCAUCAAUUUCAAUUCUAUAAUAGGAAACAUCACGAGAUUUGAAUUGAGAUCUGAAUUUGUCAUCGAGAUAACCGCUCUCGAAUUACCCACGCUGAUAUAUGUAUUGUACAUAUGUAUAUGUAAAAAUGAUGUCCUUUAUAUAUUAUUACAGAUUACAAAAUGGGGUACACAUAAAAUUUGGACACCGUACGUUAUAGAGUAUACCGAUGAUACGAUAUCGCAACGAUUCGUAUCGGAAUAAAAAUAUGCGAGAUAAAAAACUACCAUCUUCACCUAGGCAUGAUAUAUGAAUAAAAAAAUAUAUAUGUAUAUACAUAGCAUAUGAUAAUAUUGAAUGUAUGUAUACGUAGGUAUACGCGUACAUGUUGUCACAUGUGGAUAAUAUUACGUGUGUAAUCUACAGAGCAGAAGUUCGGUGCAGAGAAAAAAGAGAAAUGAAUAAAUAAUUGAAUGAAAAUGAAAAAAAGAAACAGUCCAUUUAUCGUGACAUUUGUUCAUGCGCUAAUCACCUGCGAAAUAGGCUGAAUAUUAUAUAUAUUAAAUUAUGUAUAUUAUACAUAAAUGGAUAAAUUGAGACGGGGUAAAAAAUUAGCUUGUAAAAUCUAUCAGACAUGUAGUAGAGUGUAGAGAUAGAAAAAUGAAAAAAAAACCACAAAAAAAAACGAAUAGAAAAUAAAUUUCGACAACUUUGAAAGAUCCGAGAAGACGUGAUUGGGAUAACGUUGCAUCUGCAUGAGUUGAUUUUUUGUUCGUUCACAUGAGAGAAAGUCAAAGAAGAAAGAAAAAUUGUGACCAUAUAGUUAUCCGGAUCUUUUGGAGUGCAUUGAAUACGUGUAAAAUUAUUAACAACAAUAAUUUCGCGGCGUGUGUUUUUAUUUAUUGGAAAAAUUCUACAUUAAACUAGUAAAAAGUCUGUUCACGGGACUCUAAAAAAAUAGGAAAUAAAAAGUCACUCGAAAAACGGAGACAGUAGUCCAUGAAUACAUACCAAUUAUAAUUAUCGUAUACAUUUCUCUGUUUAAAAAAAAAAUAGAAGAAGUAAUUAUUACACGCCCCGGAUAAAAAUUACGCAUGUACAGAUCGACGUGCGUGAAUAUAUGAUAUAUUUAUACGUAUAUAUAUUUUAUAUAUGUAUAAGUGAACGUGAAUCUUCCAUUUGGUACAUAUCACCCUUACGCUAAAAUUAUUGCGAUUAUAAUUAUUAUUAAUAAUCAUAUUGCAAUCACUAUAUAGUUUCGCUGUAGAUCUUAUAGUAAGUAUACAAUCAUUUCUCCAUUAUUUAUAUUCAACUGCAUACAUAUAGACACUGUAUAACGUGUGAACAUCUAUACACCUCAUAUAAUACAUGUAGAUAAGUUAAAAAAAAACAAAUGGUUAUAAUUAUACAUAGACUAAUCGUCGCAAAUAAUAGAAAUUUUAAGACGAUCAAAAAUAUUUAUAUACCUAUACCGGAACUAAUGUUAAUAUAAGAAAAAAAAAAAACAAUUUAUUUUAAUGAAUAUAAUAGUUAUAUUAAAAUCGACUUUAUUUUAUAAAAGAAUUACAUACUUCAUUCAAAAUAGUAUAUAAUGCUAUCGUAGUAUACGUAUAUCGCUCAUAGAUUAUUAUUACUAUUAUUAUUAUUAUCCUCAUUAUUAUCAUUGCUAAACUAAAGUUUCCACGUACAUGUAUCAACAUCACCACGUGCAUAUUAUACAAUAAAUAUAUUAUUAGUCGAAGGGAUUUGAGUAUAACAUAACUAGUUGAAAAGCUCAACAGUUAUUUGGGGGGCCAGCUACUAGAGAAAGAGAAAAAAAAGAUAUAGAAAAAAAAACUGAGGAGAACGAACAAUUUUUAAUUUAAUAUCUGUGUAAAAAGUUUACUGAUUUUUCUUCUUCUUUUUUUUUGUUCCGUUACACAGUGGCAUUGUGAAGUUACAGUAUAUCGAGAGCUAAAAUAUAAUAAUAAUAAUAAUAAUGAUAAUAAUAAUUCUAUCUGAAUUAUAGUAGAACGUUGUAUACCCUAGACAAAUGCUUGUAUGUCUAAGAAAAAAGAAAAAAAAAAGCCAAAAAAUGAUAAAUCAACAAAUAAAUGAAUGGAGAAAAAUUGUAGUUGAAUCGAUUAUGCGACGCUGCAUGGAUGAUAUGAGUAGUUUGUUAAUAAAAAUAAAAUUAAUAUAUCUAAUAUCGUAAUUGAGAAAAUAUGUAGAUAAUUAUAGGAUCUAAUUACACCGGGCUUAUAAAAUAGAAGGUAAAGUACACGGCUUUUCAGUGAAAUACUGUUCGUUAUGUUAUAAUUGAUAAAUCAAUUGAUUGAUUAGUUAAUAAUCACGUCAUCACAUAUCACUAGAAUUAGCUGUAUGUGUAUUUGAUAAUGUAGGCGCCAUUUAGUGAAUGUGGCAGAUGUUA